AGGUAAGGUGUUAUUUCUCUCGUGGUAAAAAGUUAAAGUCUAAAACGGAAAGAGCACUUCCUUGGCGACCUCACUCCCACCGUCCGUUUGCUGCAUCCCACAGUCUGAUGGUUUUCCUAUUCGUUUUCUUCCUCAGCAUCGAACGCAGCUAGAUUUUUGUCCUUGAUACCAGGCUCGCAAUCGCGUCGUUAGCUGCGAUCAAAGAAGCUGUGUUAAUAGCCGUCAUAUCCAAGCCAUAUGGUCAGCUGCUGAUACAAUCGGUGUAUUUUUUUUUUCUUUCGUGGUGCCUUUCAGAGCAUGUCAGUCUGGCCAGUAGAACUGGCGUUGAACCGCACCUGCUACAGCCUGAAGGAAGAAGUAAGAAAAAUAUUCCCUGCUUGGCCGACUACAGUCACGACUUAUCGCUUGGUCAGUCAAGUUGCAUAAAGCAAACCCACCGGUGCGUCGCUUUGCGUUCUGUAAACGUAGCGAGUUUUUUCAUGUCGAGGAAGCUUUGCUUGAAGGGAAAGGAUUAAAAAAAAAAGGAAUUGAACUCAUCAAGCCGAGGGAAACUGGACAGUGCUUUUAGACCUUGACGAAGUACGAGAAUCUCCCUUGAGAGCUACUCUGUUUUCUGGUUUGUUGCCAGCUUGUGUACUUAUUCAAAGUCAUCAUUUUCGGAAAUUCGAAAAUCGAAUUUGAAAACAAACACAAAUUUGAAAGAAUCUCACCGAAUCAUUACGGCAUCACUUCGUGAGGGGCUACUACCGUGAAUUACCUCAAGGUUCCAUAGAAAAAUGGCGAAUCUGGAAACUGACAGCCCUGUCGUAUGGCCGAAAUGGUGUUACAAUAGUCGACCGAAGAAAGAAAAUGGCAUUCCUGACACGGGCGUUAAAGCUCCGUUGCCAAACAAAGCUCGCCGGAAGAAAAUUGUACGCAAGAAUGGUUCGUCUGUCAGUGUAAAACACGAACGUUGCAGUCCCGGCGCAGAGGCUGGAACAGGUUCUUCGCCAACCGUUUCACCAUACAGUCCCAUUUCUGGCUCCUUUCGACCCGCUACACCGCCAGCUGGAGAAACGGCAAGUGACUCGUGUUACUCCACAGUGGAACGAUUCAGCCCGCCCAACUACAACGCACCCAACAAUAAAUCCAUGUCGAAAGGACUGGAAAUGUCGCGGAACUGCAGCGAUUUCAUGCGCAGUUUGGCAGCGAAAUACAACAAUUCAAAUCCCAAUGACUACCGAUCGCAGGAAACCAACAGUUUCAUUUCGCUAUUAGAUUCGCGUGCAUCGUAUAAGGACUUGAUUCCAGGCGAAGCAUCCUUACAGUCAGCUCCCUUCUCCCUCUUUAACCUUCCGUUGAGUACGUUCACGUCUCAUGCGCUUGCUGCUAGUAAACACUACGAAAUGACAUCUGCAGUGGGAGAACCCGGCAAGAAAGAAAGGAAAGAAUUUCCUGCAAUUCCAAUGCUGCCUUUAUAUGGAUUGGGUCAAGACAACAAUAUUCGUCAAGCACUGCCACCUGGCUUCCAUUCGGGCCCUGCCAUGGACAUGAGUUCAACUCAAGCGCUGCUCAGCAUUGUCCGUUCGGCUGCUGCUCGUGGUUCGCCGCGUAUAGAUCCAUACGUUGGCGACACGGCAACACGAACUGGCAUAGCCUCGUUGAAACGGCCAGCUGAAACGGUUGCAGUGGCGUCUCACAUUCCAUUGGAUCUCAGCGCUUCUAUGGCCAAGCGGCCAAACAGGGAUUCACAACUCGAAUCACUGAGCCGUAGUCAAUUGUCCCAACGUUCUUCAUCUAGGUCGCCUGCUAUGGACUUGAAUAACGUUCCCGGGAGACAGUUCUCUUCUAUUGGCAGGAAGUCACCAUCAUCACGCUUCGCAUCAGACACCAUUAAUGCUUACGGAGAAAAAAAAGUACCCAUUCAGAACAAAAUAGCAGUAGCACAACUUCCCUCAAACCGUAGCUUGGGCUGUUCCGCCCAUUCUUGUAACGCGACCGCAGCAGAAGUCCGUGAGUGGUCAAUCAGUCACGUGGUGGAUUUCAUCAAAAGCAUCGAUCUCUGCUGUGAAUACGCCCAGGAAUUUGAAGACCAAUCAAUCGAUGGUAGUAUUCUUCCCUUGUUAACCGAAGAACACCUAAUUACAAGCAUGAACAUGAAACUCGGCCCAGCACUGAAGCUCAGAUCUGUACUGGCAAAAAAGAUAGGCCACUGCGCUAUAUGCCUUCAUUGCGUCCACUGUCACGCAGAGCCGACUAGAGUUGAAUCACCGCCGACUUCGCAAGACCACCAAGAUAUUGCUAAUAACACAUGAUUGUUUUAAAGUAGCUAGAGAUUUGUAAAUACGUUGUAAGUAGCGACAAACAGUUUUAUUAGUGGCUGUAAACUCGUCGCUUCCAAAGAUAAAAAAAUAAUUCAAUGCUACUACAUAAUACUGCUAGAUGCUACUUGCCGCCCACAAUUUUAGACUAGAGAGUAGUGAGGGUGGGAAAAUUGGAAGAGUUGACCGGCUCGAUAAUUAUUUUAUUAACUUAAUUUCUCCGGAAAAAAGGGGCCGAAUUUGGCAUACAAGAGAUAUGUAAUUUGGUAGUUAAUAAUUUCGGAUACAAAAUUUUUUUUGCUUAUGGGAUUGUGUAAUAUUGAAUACGAUGUAAGACGUGAAAAAAAAAGCAUCUCAAAAAGUUCAAUUGUAACAGUGCUUGAGUAGUUAAAAUAGGCCGCUAGAAUCCAACAAGCAAAUAUAACCAUUUUGAAUAAAGACCUAGUUAUUAUUUAUCCUCUCUGUAAAAUGGGAUAAUUUGUUUCUGUUAUUGUAUUUCAGGAAUCUAAUUAUUAUAAUAUAAAUAUCUUCUAAGUACUCGCAACAAUUUCGUUCAUGAUGUAGCACGAAAAUGUUAUAUUUGAAGCAAAUCACUGUCCCUUUUGCCUCACGCAUGG